CCACGCCAAGAUUGUGUCGAAGCGUCGCGGAUGUCGGAGCUGCUCCUGCGCUGGCUCAACGACGAGGUCCAGCUCUCGGUGGUCGUGACCGAGUUUGAGGCGACGUUCGCGAGCGGGUACCUCCUUGGCGAAGUGCUCUUCAAGGCCAACCAGCAGCACAACUUUGGCGACUUUGUCUCGAGCGACUCGGCCGAUGCAAAGAUUGUCAACUUCUGCCUCCUCGAGCCCUCGAUGCGGGCGCUGGGCAUUCGCAUGGACCCGGUCAUUGCCACGAGCGUCAUGAACGAAGCGAGCGGCGCGGCCACCAAGCUCCUCUACCAGCUCAAGACGGCGAUCGCUCGCGCACAUCGGUCCGGCACCGUGUCGUGCCGGCCCUAUGCACCUGGCGGCGUUUUGCCCAUCCACAACGUGCCAGGUCGGCUGCCCAAGACGGUCUUUGACCCGAUCAAGCACGAGUCGUUCGAGCACGCGAUCCGACUCCACGUCAAAGCGCAAGACGAGCUCAAGCGCGAAAAGUACCUCGGACCGCGCACGUACAAGGUGGCGGCGGCAGCGCAGCUAACGCUCGACCGAGUGGCGCAAAAGGCGGCGUACCACGAACACCUCGAGGCGACACGGCAGCAGCGCCUCCACUUGACCAAGAUCCAGCGCGAAUUCACUCAAAUCACGACCGAGGGCGAGACCGAAGCCUGGGCGGCCGCGACAGCCAAGAAGCGGGAGCGCGAGCGCCGGAAAGCCCGCUACAAAAAGCUGGUGGCGACACGCGCCGCAGAGCGCCAGGCCACGGCGCUGGCGACGGCCAAGGACCAAGUGACCAACGGCAUCGCCACGUUCGAAGCCACGCUCACCGAGACGAAGACGCUCAAGCCGUCCAAAGGCCUCCAGCUCCCGACACAGCUCUCGAUCGGGUACGGCAUACGGUCGCUCCGCACGACCUUCAAGAACGUCGACGUGACGGUGCCAACGUCACCGACGCCGAUGCCGAGUGUCGGCGCCAAGCGCCGGCAGCGCGAACUCCGCGGCGACAUCCAGCGCAAGCGCCGCGCGCGGUUUCUGAAAGCGUGCGAUAACCACCAGCGCGCCCGCAACGACGACGUGGUCCAAGCGGCGCUCGAAGCCACCUUGCUCCGGGCGACCACCACCGAGGUACACCUCGAGACGAAGGAAGCCAACGUUGUCGCCUACAUGGACAUCGUCACCGAGAACCGGGCACGCCGGAACGCGCAGUAUGCCCAGCGCGCCGAGACGGAUGUCGUCGAGUCGGCCCGGCGCGACGCGACAGCGUAUGGGAUGCUGCACCACCGGUUCACGGACGCUGUCCAGGCGCAGUGCGAGCGCGCAGAGCGCUUGACGACCGCCAUGGCGGCGGCGGCGGCCGAGACCAACAUCGCUAUCGCCCACCACGUGCUUGACCGCGUCGUCGACUUGGCGCUGGCCACGGCCACGUACCGUGAGACUUCGACGUGGAUCUUGCCGUCGGACGUGUUUGUCCCGCCGCCGACGUGGCAAGAGAUGCUCGCGUUUGGUGUCCACGCCCCAGACGAGCUGUUUGCCGCGGGUUUUGCGUCAAGCGACGCAGAGAGCGUGUUGAACGCAUGCGAGAUCGAGCGUCACGUGACGAGCACGCGUCACGCAUUGGUGACCGAGUCGCGUCUCGAGAGCGAUGCCACCUUGCCGGCACCGUCGUUUGUUUACGGCAAGCUGCCACGCGAGCACGUGCUGGGCGAGGUUGUGGCCGCUUGCCGCGCUCGCACCACAUCGCCGACGCUGGCGCCACCACGCGUGCCCUUCCCAGCGUUCGCGCUCAAGCUCGCGCUGCUCGGGAAGCCGUUCGCGGGGCGCAAGACGUGUGCGGCGCUGCUUGCGACGCAGUACAACCUCGCGCCGGUCUCGGUGCACGCGCUCUUGGAAACUGCCAUGGCCACCAAGUCGGACGUCGGCGUCGUCGCAAAGGACCUCCUCUCCGCCGGCCAGUCGAUUCCAAAUGCACUGUACUUGACGCUCCUCGAGCGAGCAAUCCGAAGCAUCGACCCGAGUGAGAAGCGCGGCUGGAUCCUCACCGACUUUGUCGCGAGCCUCGAUGAAGCCAUGGACCUGGAGCGGGUGCUCAGCGGCCACGUGCCCGCGCCGACGCCGACACCAACCCGCAGCGAUCAUCUCGCGGUACCGCUGCCACCGCCGGCGCUCCCUUUGAACCACUACCUCGGCAAGUCGGGGCUCGACUUGGUCUUCCGGCUCGAAGUCGACCGCACCAAAGUGUUUCGUCAUUGCCUCGGCAAGCUCAUGGACCCGGUGACGGGCGCGCGCUUCCAUAUGCAAGACGCGCCGCCGACCGAGGCCGAUGCGCGCAGCCGCCUCUGCCCGUGGCGGGACCCGACGAUCGCAACCGAAGCGCUCUCGCUCUUCUCGCACGCGUACGACGUGGCGAUGCCUUCGCUUCUUGCGUGGUUUGCACCGUACGGCACCCUGCGCACGGUCUCCGGAGACGACCUCGUCGGGGCGAUGAGCGACUACAUCGAUGCGUUUUUGCAUGGAGCUGCCGCGACCGAGAGCGCCAACUGCCUUGAGAUGGAAGCACGAGCCAACGACGCAAUGGCCGCAGAAGAGGGGCGGCAAGGGGCCGUCGCGCGGCACGACGAGACUCUGCGCCUUGCUCUCGAGAGCGAAGCGGCCGCCGCCCAGACGCUCCGGGCCGGCGAAGACGCCAAGCUCAAGAAGGACGAGCUCGUGGCCCUUCGAGUGGGCGUCGAGGCCGCGCACCAAAGCGUCUUGGAGGCGACGCAAGCCGCCCAUGCGUUUCUCCUUGCGGACCGCCACGGCGACAGUGCCAACCUCCCACUGCAUUUCAGCGUCGUGCCCGAGGUCGAUCUCGCGGCCUUGGGCUGCGGCGUCUGGGAGGCUUCGGACUCUCAGUACAAGCGGACGCUCGAGCACGGCUUCUCGAUGCUGCGUGCGUACCGCAGCCGCGUCGAGGCGCACGCUGUCAACGUCCUCUCCGAGAUGACGGCGUUUGCCCGCCGGCCCGAUGCCAAGCAGGGCAUGCUGGACGCGUUCCAGUAUGACUUCAACAACAGCGUGCUCGACGAUAUGCGCUUUGACGCCAGCACGAAAGCCGAGCUGCACGUCCGCGUCGAUACGCUGCUCGACCAGCUCGGUGCCGUGCUCGAUGCAAAGGGCGCGGAAGCCUUGGCUUUACUCGAGACGCUGUUGCGCGACCAGUGGAAGGAAGAUGCGCUCACGUCCAUUCAGCUCGUCGGCACGAUGCUCUUCCAAGCUGAAGUCGACCUCUUCCACGCGAGCGUCACCGUCAUCACCGACGCUGUUGCCGGGUUCGAAGUCGGGUUGGUCAAGUCCCUGGAUGACGGCAAGAUUCCGCUGUUGCCGCUUGGGAAAGACCCGGCUGAGGACGAGAAGGAGGCGGUAGUUGCCCCCACCAAGGCGUCGGCCGCCGCGAAGAAGAAGGUGGUCGUCGAAGCCGAAGUCGUGCCCCUCACACCGGCGCAAGAAGUCGCUGCCGCGUUCCAGAAGGCCAAGGACACACUCGCUAUCGUUGCGUCCAAGGCGCUCAAGCUACCGAACGUGCCAGGCACCGCGACACCGAGCGGCGCAUCGACAGCGCCGCCGCCGACCACCAAGAAGGAAAAAGAGGCGGGCACGGCCACGCCCGUGGCCAAGAAGGACACGAUUGCGUCGUCGAAUGCGAUUGCAGGCGUCGGGUUCGAGUACGACUACGUACUGAGUCGACUCGCAGCGCUUCAAGACCGGGUGCUCGACACCAUGGGCUACGUCGACCUCGUGCUGACGUCGCUCGAGACGGACCUGCGCGCCUUUGUCUCGUCCCGCCUCGGCUACGAGAAGGACGCGAUGCUCUCGCUCGUCAAGUGCAUUCGAGAUGCGAUCGAGCACGAUGAGAGCUUGCCGUUCCGGCUCCUCCUCGAGCCGCGGCCAACGGCGCGCACGCCGCCGCUGCGCCAAGAGGUACUUGACGUCCAAGCUCGCAUUGACAGCAGUGUCCGAGUGAUUGCCAAGCCCAGCGUGCCUCUGUACCCGUCCGUUGAGCACUGGGACGACAUGUACCUCAACACGCGGCAGCUCAACGGCGUCAUGGCCAUGCUGCGCGAGCUCGCGACGGCGACGCUCGGUCACAGCGUCGAGUUCGUGCCCCGAGCGACGUUAAACGAAGGGUUUGCGCGCCUCGCAAGUCGCCCGACGACGACGCUGCCCCGUGCGUGGCGCCGUCGCCUCAGCAAGCUCGGCGCGUACUUCGACACCAAGCACAGUGGUCUUGUCAAGGCCUUCCCCGAUGUCGCCAAAGUGCUUCAAGCCAAGCACCGCGUCGACGAGAUGGUGCUCCACUUGUAAAAACAAAUGAACAAUCCAUUGCACGCCGGGGCUCGAAGCGACGACCUCGUCGGGUCCGAGGGCGAGUAGCCAGACUCCAGACUCGGCCACCAAGACAAGUU